GCGUCCGGCCCGCCGUGCUGGCCAUGACGGCCCGCGGAACCCCGAGCCGCUUUCUGGGCAGCGUCCUCCACAACGGCCUGGGACGCUACGUGCAGCAGCUGCAACGCCUCAGCCUCAGGGUCAGCCGUGACUCGCCUGCGUCCCGCGGCGCCAGGGAGUUUGUGGAGCGGCACGUGACGGACUUUGCGCGGAGGAACCCGGGGGUCGUGCUCUACGUGACCGCCAAGAAAUGCCACGUGCCGCAGGUGGUGGCGGAGUACCUGAACGGCUCGGUCCAGGAGGUAGCUCUCGGUAAUAAGACGGCGGAGGAGAUUGCCACGCUGAUCCAGAAGCUGGCCGACCAGUCGGGCCUGGACGUGAUUCGCAUCCGGAAGCCCUACCACACGUACAACCCGAGCAUCCAGGGCCAGUGGCACCCCUUUACCAACAGGCCUCCCCAGCUGGGCAAGGCAGGCAUUGCGGAUGGGCCUGACCGCAGACCCCAAUAAAGCCCAUUCAUCCUUACAAA